GCAGCGUGUGCAUUUAGUUGUCCGACGGCGCGUUACGUCGUGCUCGAACAGUCAGUGUGUAGUGUAGCGCGCUCGGGAUAGUUUCACCGGCCGGGACGGCGAUUGCAAUUUCCACUUACGAUUUCGCCGUUGUUUUAUUUUUGUUUGGUUUUUUAACAAAGUUAUGCAUAAGUAGUUGUUUAAUUUUCUUUUUUUAUCGUGUGAUUGAUAUUUUUUUUAAAUGUUUGGGUUUGUUUUUUAAAUUAUAUUAAGUUGUUAGGGUUAGUGCGAGCGACUCUUACGGUGUAGUGGUAAAAAUCAGACGAUACGGUCAUUUUUUGAAUCUAAAAUUAAUUUAUUCAAUGUGGGUCGGAAUACUCUAUGACCCAAAAACAUCAUGGACAAGGGUUAAGUGGCGGCUACGGCACGUGAACGACAGCGGCCAAUGUGGAUCCCAAUGAUGGCUGCGGCCGCACAACAUGACAGGGUCGUCCUGUCACCCCGUCGGCUCCAGCAGCAACAGCUCACUCCAUCGCCGGACCGGGAUCGACAUGGUCGGCGCACUUACUUGCACAUGGUGCCUAUAUUCCCACAGGCUCCUCCUCCGACCAACGAUGAUUUGGAAUCGGUAUCGAGUCGCUUUCAAGAUACGCCAUUUCAUUAUCCGACAACUCCAUCGGUCAUAUCAAGUAGUGCGUUUACAACGCCAACAAAACACCAUAAUUCCAUCAAUAAACUAAACUUGAUCCAAUCCCAUUCAAACAAAUGGGGAAGUUCAAGGAAAGUCCACGAAAGGUCCACUGGUCCCGAUUGGUUCGAAACAAAAAUGGCUGAUGCAAAAUUAGAAAAAAAACGAUCUUCCAAGUGUUUUUGGAGUUCAUCAUUUGUAGUUGAUCCCACGACACAUUUCCAUUAUAAGUGGCUCAUGUUGGUCACGGUUACCAUUCUUUACAAUCUAGUAUUUGUAAUUGGCAGAGGAGUGUUUUGGGAACUCAAUAAUUCUAUGCCAACUAUCUGGUGGAUAUUAGAUUACGCUUCGGAUGGAAUUUAUAUGGUAGACACUUUAGUACAUGCUCACGAAGGGUUCCUAGACCAAGGUUUAAUGGUUAGAGAUUCGCGAAAGCUGCGAGAAAAUUACUUUAGCACAUCGAAAUGGAAAUCAGACAUACUGAGUCUAUUGCCAACUGACCUAGCGUACUUUUGGUGGCCUUCUGGUAGUUGCUCAGCGGAUGUCUUACCUUGUCCAGUCAUUGUUAGGGCAAAUAGAUUGCUUAGAGUUCCUAGGAUGCUCGAGUUUUUUGAUCGUACGGAGACAAAAACUGGGUAUCCAAAUGUGUUUCGUAUCUGUAAAGUGGUAUUUGCCAUACUGAUACUGAUCCAUUGGAACUCAUGUUUAUACUUUGCAAUUAGUUAUGUAAUUGGAUUUGGUUCGGACAACUGGGUUUACAACAUACAAGGUGUUAGAAAUUCUACGCUGUCACGACAAUAUAUUUAUUGUUUUUAUUGGUCUACUCUAACGCUUACGACUAUUGGAGAAACUCCGCAACCGGAAAAUGAAUUGGAACAUGUAUUUGUAGUUGCCGAUUUUUUGGCCGGAGUACUCAUAUUCGCCACGAUCGUGGGUAAUAUUGGCAGUAUGAUCAGCAACAUGAAUGUGGCUAGGGUUGAAUUCCAAAAUCGUAUGGAUGGUGUUAAACAAUACAUGGCUUUUAGGCGAGUGUCAAAAGAGCUUGAAGCAAGAGUUAUUAGAUGGUUCGCUUAUACCUGGGCAAAUAAACAGGCCUUAGACGAGGAAAGAGUUUUAGCAGCGUUACCUGACAAAUUAAAAGCUGAAAUAGCUAUUCAUGUGCAUCUCGAUACCUUAAAAAAAGUAGAGAUAUUCCAGGACUGUGAACCAGGUCUAUUAGAAGAGCUCGUGCUCAAACUAAGACUUCAGGUGUUUAGUCCCGGUGACUACAUAUGCCGCAAAGGCGAUGUGGGCAAAGAGAUGUACAUAGUGAAGAGAGGAAUUCUUAGCGUAGUCGCUGAUGAUCAAAAAACUGAAAUUGCCACAUUAAGUGCUGGAAGUGUUUUUGGAGAGGUUAGUGUAUUGGAAAUAGCCGGAAAUAAGACUGGAAAUCGGCGAACAGCAAAUGUUCGAAGCUUAGGGUAUUCGGAUUUAUUUUGUCUGUCUAAAAGAGAUCUUUGGGAAACGCUCAGAGAUUAUCCAGAGGCAAGGCACAGUUUAAUGCAACGUGGCUGCCAGCUCCUACGAAAGGAUAGGCUCUUAGAUGAAGACGCUUUCCUACAAGCCCAGACGCAAAACGAAACCAUCAAUGAGGCAGUAUCUCGUCUAGAUUAUGAUUGUUUGCUGUCAGACUAUCGGGGUAUUGAUGGAUAUAUAAAAAUGGCCUCAUCCCGAGAUAGUAAACCUGGUAAAACAGAUAACCGAACGAAGGUAGCAAAGCGAAAAUCGAAUAUCUCCACUGUUUUGGUCAGGCCAGAUAAGAAACAAUUUACACAAGUUUAUACGACAAUGAAAGAUGUGACGUCCAGAUUGUCCAGUCUUGUGUCUGAAUAUUAUAAUCAAAACGUUAAGCUUAACGAAAAAAUUAACGAAUUGGAAGAACAAAUACGAGUCGUUAAGUAUCGUUCAUUGAUGGAUUCUAAAUUGGAGGAUCAUCAGGGUUCUAAUAGUGAAAAUGAUUCAACUUCACUAUCCAGUCAGUCUGCUGUAUUUGGGACAUAUAUAGCUAGAAGAUCAUUUAAUAUACCAAAAAACUAUUGGGCUCGCAGACGACGUAAACUGAAAUCAACAUGAUCUGUCUACGUGAUACAGUUUUUAAUUUUUGUAUGAAUUAGCCUAUAAUACAAAAUUAAUUGUUAAUUGUAUAUAAAUAUUGCUGACAAAUUUAGCAUGCUAGUUAAAUUAUUAUUGAUGGUGUUAAUUAUCAAUUUAAUUUCUUACCUACCAUUUUAAUUAAAAUUAAAAAAAUAUAUAUUGAUUUAAAGUAUUACUGUAAAAACGAAUUAACCACACAAUACAAUUAUAAUAAAGCAUUUUAAUGUCAAACUAAUAUAAUAUUAGCCUAUAUUCACAGUGCAUAUAGGAUUUUCUUAAGAAGCAAAAUUGGAUUCCUAGAGUAGUUUACUCAUAGUCGAAAGAAAUUCGUCUCUAAGUGGUAGAAUCUUUGGUAUUUUUGCAAUUAAUAUUUUUUAAGUUUUAUGGCUCUUUUUCUCGCGAAAAUAAAUUAGGACCUUCGUUUAAAUUUCAAUUGCACACUAUUUUUAUGAAGGCUCCUCUCAAUUUUUCUUUUUCUAUGUUAUUAUUGAUUAAUCCACUUCUGAACUGAUUUACCAAAUUAUAUGAAACCAGUGGCGUAGACAAAAGUUUUAAAUGAGUGGCGCAUAAUCAAAAAAAUCUACAUAAUCCCAAAUUUCAAAAUUUUUUUUUUUGUUUAUCACUUAAUUUUAGAGAUAAAUAAUGAGAUCAACGAGGAAGCAUAGCCCCUUCUCUGGCAUCGCCACUAUAUGAAACCAAAGAAAGAUCCACAUAAGUUUUAUAAAUGGUUUCACAAAAAUAUUUACAUUAAUUUUAUUUCUUGAAAUUUUCAAAUAUAUUACAUAUCAAAAUUACAAUGCAUUUAUUUAAUAAGAAUAAUAUUGAAAAAAAAUCAAUAAAGACUAUUUUAUCUCCUUCAUUUACAGAAUCAUUUUAAAUUAAAUUAAUUAAUUUUUUUUAAUGAAACAAUAAAUAUAUAGUAGUGACAACAUUUUACUUGUCACUUUUACCUAUCAACUAAAAA